CUUCCUGGCCCCCUGCACCGGACGGGUGUAUUAUAGAUGCGCAUGCAAGCAGCCGGGCGGCGGGGGCCACUGGACGGGUGCAAUGUGACGGGGUCGGGGAGAGAGACUGGGACACAGCCUAAACCGCGCGGUGAGGAAAGGUUUAACCAUUAACCACCAUUAAUCAUUAAGGGAGCUGUGCGGAGCCGGUACCGUACUUAAGGCGUGCUCACCGGCGUCCACGCCUCAGCCAGAGCGCGUUAGCAGGAGGUGGAGGAUGCACGCAGCCGGCCACACGGAUCCCUGCGCUGUUACUGAACAUCACUCCGGGUUGUCCGCUUCUCCUCUCCGGACCGCUGACACUUAGAAGGUGACUGCCCACUCUGGUUGGGGGUACUUUUCCGCAGCCGGUAAUUCAAUCCUCACACUGCAGACCCUUAAAUAUCUCUACUGAAAACCGGCCAGCAACCACGUGGUGUAAGCCUAUACUGAACUUCAAAGGACGGUUUACAAGUGAGGACAGGGGAUUGCUGUGGUGAGUCCCCAAGCCUCUUGUUUUCCUUUCUCUUCUGUUUUGAACCAGUAUGCUUUCUUCUUUUUUUUGCCGGCCUAUCCUGAGCACCUUGCAGUGAAUGGAGAACAUACUGGUUCUGCUCCCGAAGCACCGUCAGGAACACGGGCUCUGCAGACGCACAGCUGCAUGUGCCUUGCUGCAGGUUUUUUCUUACAGAGCAGUUUUCUCCUGGUCUUUAAUAGCGACACCCACUCCCUGUAAGCCUCUUUAAUGGGAUAAAUUAAUUGGACUGAUCAGGUUGAAAACCAGAUCAGGUGGCCAAUUUCAUUCUGACUUCCCCAAAACUGUUAGGCCGAGGCAACCUGACCUUUUCUUGUCAAGCUCACUGUCUUCCAAAGGCUUCCGCAUGGUACUUUGGUCGAAAGAACAAGACAAACUCCCCGACAUCGACAUGUCCUCCGGGGCAAUUGAGAUGAAGAAGGAGGGAGGCCCCCUGACCCCGGCCUUCCUCAACUCCAACUGCUCCAUCCACCCGGUGAUCCUCACCAAGGGCCCUGAGGAGAUGAGCCCAGGGACCGGGGGCGAGUUCGAGCUCACAGAGGUCACAUCUUUCACCGAGAGAGUCGGUGAGACCGGGGAGGAUGAGGAGAGGUCGGAGAUUGUGGUGGCGAUGGACUGCCGGGCCAAUGCCAAAGGUCAGCGGGAGGAGGAUGCUCUCCUGGAGAACGCAAGCCAGAGCAACGAGAGCGACGACACCAGCACCGACCAGAGCCCAGAGCCACCGGCGCCCCUCAAGGAGACCUCCUUCUCCAUUGGCCUGCAGGUGGUCUUCCCCUUCCUGCUGGCCGGGUUUGGGACAGUGGCAGCGGGAAUGGUGCUAGACAUUGUCCAGCACUGGACGGUGUUUACGGAGGUGUCGGAGGUGUUCAUCCUGGUUCCAGCACUGCUGGGGCUCAAAGGCAACCUGGAGAUGACGCUGGCCUCAAGACUUUCCACAGCGGCUAAUAUUGGUCAGAUGGACACAGCCAAGGACAUGUGGAAGAUGAUCAUGGGGAACUUGGCCCUCAUCCAGGUCCAGGCCACUGUGGUGGGGUUCCUGGCCUCCAUAGCUGCUGUGAUCUUCGGCUGGAUCCCAGAGGGACAAUUCCGGCUGGGCCACGCGGUGCUGCUGUGUGCCUCCAGUGUGGCUACGGCCUUCAUCGCCUCGCUGCUGCUAGGGCUCAUCAUGAUCGGCGUGAUCAUCGCGUCCAGGAAAGUCGGCAUCAACCCGGACAAUGUGGCCACGCCCAUCGCUGCUAGCCUGGGAGACCUGAUCACCCUGUCCCUGCUGGCAGGCGUCUCAACAGGACUGUACAAGGAACUAGAGUUCAAUGACUACGCCAACCCGCUGGUGUGUGCGGUGUUUGUGGCGUUGUGCCCCCUAUGGGUGCUGAUAGCCAGGAGGAUCCCCUCCACCAGAGAGCUCCUCUACUCCGGCUGGGAGCCGGUCAUCAUCGCCAUGGCCAUCAGCAGUGUUGGUGGUCUGAUCCUCGACAAGACUGUCACCAACCCAAACUUUGCUGGCAUGGCUGUCUUCACCCCGGUCAUCAACGGUGUGGGAGGUAACCUGGUCGCGGUUCAGGCCAGUCGAAUCUCCACCUAUCUGCACAUGAACGGUCUACCCAUGGGGGAUCCAAACCCCGUCCCCAGGAAGUGCCCCACACCCUGCACCUCCUUCUUCGGCUCCUCUGUGAACUCUCGUUCGGCCCGUGUGCUCUUCCUACUGGUUGCCCCGGGUCACCUGGUCUUCCUCUACACCAUCAACUCCCUGAGGGGGGGGCACACCACCCUGACACCCAUCUUCAUUACCUUCUACCUGGCUGCUGCACUACUACAGGUGAUAAUCCUUCUCUACCUGGCAGACUGGAUGGUCCACUGGAUGUGGGGCAGAGGCAUGGACCCCGACAACUUCUCCAUCCCCUACCUGACCGCUCUGGGUGACUUGCUGGGGACCGGCUUCCUCGCCCUCUGCUUCCACAUGCGCUGGUUCAUCGGGGACAGAGACAGUAACGCGGGCAACUGAAUGCACGCAACAGACAUACACACCCACACACACACACACAAAAAAAUGAAAAUCACACACCGCACGCUUGCACGCACGGACAGUGUCGAGUAUCACCUGUAUGCCUGAACAUUAUCUGGAAGUGGACAUCGUCUACAAUAAAAGGGCUAAUCUCCUGUAGGGCUCUGACUGAUGGUGCAGUGCACUCGCAGGGCAGUAACGUUUCAUCAUCAGGAUAUCAGGACACUGAUGCACCACAGCAGCAGCCCAGAAUACUGGACAGUAUUUGUGUUUCACCUUAGAUACACGCAUAUCUCCACCUCAACCACCUGAUGGAUCCUGACCCACAGACUACACCGAUCCUUUAUUUUACUUAAUAACUGAGUCCGACUACUUUUGCUAUUAUGAAACUAUUGACAAUGAUUGUUGGUAGAUAAUGCAUUUGAUAUGAAUUGAUAUCUCUUUGGGGCCAGUACUCAUUAUUUUCGAUGGGGACGUUGAGCCCUCCCAUUUUUUUAAGUAUCAAGUUUGAACACUUGAGACAAAAGACAGCAAAAAAUCUAUCCAAACAAGCCUAGAAUGCUUGAUCACCAAGUGCUAUGUCAUAUAUCCAGAAUGAAUCUACAUCAUAUGAAAUCUAAUGUGUCUCAUUUCUGAUUUAGUAGAGUGCAUAGGGCUAGCAGUUCCCUCUGUUUUACUUUGGCCUUGUGACAGUAGGGAACAGGGUUCGGGGGAGUUUUACCACAGGGGACUGGACCACAAACGUAACAAGCUAAAUCCCUUUUGGCAUCGCUCCCAUCAGCGGAUGGCUUAAUUUGAGUCGGAACAAGAACCAGGAGUGUAAUUCCUGCGCUCACUUCCCCUCAAUUCUGGGCUUGAGAAUUAGGGAUAUCAGAUCACAGUCCAACAAAUGCUUACGUCAGCCACUACCAGAACAGCUUUGCCUCUGAUUGGAGUCAGGAAUCGCCUAAUGAAUGCCAAUUUAAAACGAGGUGUUUUUCUUUCACACAAAACCCAUAUUUUAUUCCUCCUUUACUUGCUUUUUUUGGCCAAAUCCUCUAGAAACCAUUAUUAUGCAAGAGUCUUUGAGCAAACACACAGAAACAGUGGGAAAUAGUAAGUGGAAAAUGUCAUAACUGUCAGUUAGGAAUGUGUCACACACCUCACUGUUCGUUGCAGCUCACGAUGGGGUUUUUCCUUGGAUGCCAAGAGGUUAGAGAGGUCUUAUUUUGCCGCGAGCUGUUCCAGGUGAGAAUAGCACCAGUCCCCCCUGUCUGAAACCAUCUGCCAACUCUCUACUGGAGCAGGCUAGUUGUUGUUAUUGUUGUUGUGUUGCCCAAGCCAGGCUUACAGUAAGUGACAGGAGGCUCAACAUGCUGCAACGCACUGGAAACAACUAGCAGAGUACACAGUGUGAAAGUGUGCUAGGUUGCUUUUGCCAGGAUGAGCUCGCUCGGUUUCAGCUACCACAGUCUGACACCAGAUGAAAGGUACUGAUUGCUGAUGUUUUGUGUGGGUAUUUGAUGUCUUUAGAUCUUUCAUUUGACCCUUUUGGUUCCCAGAAUGCAAUUUAGACCACGUUGGAGCGUUGAAUCAAUGAAAGACCAAUGAGUUUAACAGUUAGCUUUUAGUUAGUUAGGUUUUUUCAAAUUCUGUAGAGUGGGUUGUAGUAAAAUUCUGGAAAUUCUUCCAGAAAAUGUAUUUUUUUUUUCUUUUGUCACAUAUAAAAAUGAUAGGAUGACUAAUAAUAAUCUCUCUGGUCGGGGGAGAACCUGACCUUUUGAUAAGUAAAUGACUGGACGAUGUUUAAUCAAAGGGCAAAAUCUUAGCCACACGUCAGUUUAACCUUAGUGCGUACACACACACACACACACACACACACACACACACACACACACCAGCUACCCGCCACCAGACUUUGAGACUCAGCUGACCUGAGUUGACUCUCUUUUUGAGGGCUCACAGGUGAGGAGCAGGUAAAAAGGAAGUGGUUAGCCAUUUUGACAGACUGUACCGAGUACAGACGUCGGCCCAGAGGCAGUGUCUUUAGGAGAAACUUGCAUGUGAUGCUUGACUUAUCCGGCACUUGUCAGACUUCUGUGCUGUUUCGAAGGGGCCAGCAGAAUGCAUGUGCAGGGCACAUAGUGUGAAUGUGCAACAAACUUGAUUAUUUUACCUGUUAAUGAUUUUUCUUUUUUUGUUGGUCUGACUGAUUUUUUUCUUUUUAAAUGUGUCGCUUAUGUUAAAAUUGUGAUUUCUCUUUUCUAUUCCUUUUCUCCUCUCCCUAAUCUUUUUAACUCCUCGCGAUUAUUGUUUUGUGUCACGAAUCUCAUCAAACAACCACUGUAAUGAUGAAGAAGCAACUUCUCCCCGCUGGUCAAAUGCACAAAGUACUGUAAUCUGCAAAACGGACACCAGAGGGCACCGCAGGGAUCCUCUCAACUGUACAGCUUCUCAGUGCGUCUCUGUGUCCUCUGGAUUCAAACCCACACACACGUCCACCCGCAGUGACAUUUAUUUUGUCUUCUUUUCUACCGCGUUUUGACUUGUUUGUGGAAGUUGCAUCCUUCUGUCUGUUCACCUUCAGUCUGCAUCCUCCACUCUCUUACUGAGCAGGUGCCAGCGUUCUGCCUCUGUGUCAAUGGAAAGUUGUGAAUACUUCUAUAAGGGGGCAAGUAAUGCUUUGUCUAUUUAUUUUUAGAAGCACACAAAGCAAAUUGUACAUACUAUAUUUAUUCUAUAUAUGAGGUUGUUUAUUUUGUCAUUUCAUUUUGGUUCAGUUUCGUUGUCACCAUGUUGAUGUCAUUUUUCUCCUCUCUUUUAUGUUUUUUUUUUUCUUUCUCCUUUUGCAAAAGGCCAGUAGAGCUUUUUGGUGCAUGCCGCAAUAGAAUGGCGGUGAGGCUAAUGAAUAGCACAGUGCCUAAUACCAGUCUUUACACACCUCACACAUACGCGCACACACCCUGUCCCACACAGGGAGAGCAUACUUAUAAGACAUAGAAUGGCCUUAACCUAUCAGAGCCAAGCUCAACUCAGAGUAACCAAUCAGGAGCUAGGUUCGCCACAGAGUAGCGUCUCUUUAAUUAGCUUUGAUUAAUAAAAGAUGUACAGUCAGUUGAUCAUGAUGUGUAAUGUAAUAAUGACUUUAUAUGAUGCAGCAGUGGAGAGGAGAGAGGUUUUUGGUCACGUGAAUCUGCAAAAAAUGAGGACUCGGAGGCUGAAGAGCUAGGCGGGUUGUGCAGGGCAUCUAAAAAGGAGUCAAGUUAAGCACCAACAGAAGUAAGAUUUGAACCCACAAACAAACAAAAAGUACACAAUGCUACUUCUCCUUAUGAUUCCAGAUGUUUCACCCCUGUAUAAAAUACCCAGCCUUAAAAACCCUUCAUCCACCUACUGCCUUGUUAACCUCAGUGCUUCAAACCCUCGAGCCCCUGAACUCACAGCGAGCCGCACUGAUCCUCAGGCUGCCAGCCUCCACAUUAAGACAGAGCCUUUAAUCACCUGUCCCAGUCAGCUCCGCUGCCUCUGAAAAACUGAUGUAAAACAUGUACAGUCCUACUGGGGCCGAGGUCUUUGCGUUCUCUGUGCGUUCUUCUUGUUAAAGCCCUCCCUCUGUGAGGCUGGAAGAAGGCUCUCUCCCUGCAGGACUUUGUAAAUUGCUGGAAAUAAAGGACUAUAUUAUUUCAUACCAUU